AUGAAGACUGCUUUAAUUUUACUCAGCCUUUUGGGAAUGGCCUGUGCUUUAUCAAUGAAAAAUUUGCAUCGAAGGAUCAAAUUAGAAGAUUCUGAAGAAAAUGGGGUCUUUAAGUUCAGGCCACGAUAUUACCUUUACAAACACGCCUACUUUUAUCCCCCUCUAAAACGAUUUCCAGUUCAGGGAAGUAGUGACUCUUCUGAAGAAAAUGGAGAUGGUGAUAGUUCAGAUGAGGAGGAGGAAGAGGAGGAGACUUCCAAUGAAGAAGAAAAUAAUGAAGAUUCUAAUGGAAAUGAAGAUGAGGAAUCUGAGGCUGAGAACACCACACUUUCUGCUACAACACCUGACUAUGGGGAAGAGGUUACACCUGGAACAGGGAACAUGGGCUUAGCUGCAAUCCAGCUUCCAAAGAAGGUUGGCGAUAUAGGAAACAAAGCUACAAAGAAGAAGGAAAGUGAUGAAGAAGAGGAGGAAGAAGAAGAAAAUGAAGAAAACGAAGCAGAAGUGGAUGAAAAUGAGCAGGGCAUAAAUGGAACCAGCACCAACAGCACAGAGGUAGAAAAUGGCAACGGCAGCAGUGGGGGAGACAACAGGGAAGAGGAAGGUGGGCAAGAAAGUGUCACCAGGGCCAAUGUCAGAGGAACCACACAGCAGAACAAUGGCGGCUACAAGACAACAACACCUCAAAAUGGUGGGUUUCAACCCACAACCCCACCACCGGAGGUCUAUGUGACCACCUCCCCGCCAUUUGGAAGAACCACCACUGUUGAAUAUGAGGGGGAGUACGAGCAAAUGGGCACCAAUGAAUAUGGCCAUGACUAUGAAGUCUAUGACAAUGAGAAUGGUGAGCCUCGUGGGGACACCUACAGAGCCUACGAGGAUGAGUACAGCUACUAUAAGGGGCAGGGUUACGGUGGCUAUGAUAGUCAGAAUUACUAUUACCAUCAGUGA